AAGGAGGAGGGAAAGAAAAAGGGGGAGGAGACACCUUUGUUUCUCGGCUUUGGUUUGUAAACAAGAGGAAGUCUAGACUUCCAGCUGGAGCCUUUUCUGGGGGGCCACAGGUCUCUCCGUGGGGUGUCUCCCCUCCCCAAGAGCUGCACCAAUCCCCGCGCCCUGGCCUAGACAGGCAUCGGAAGAGCUGGGAGGCUCCAUCAGAAGACGCGAUCCUUCUGCGUUUCUCGUCUGCCAGGCUCUUGCAGGGGGCCCACAGCACCGCCCUCUAGGGACUGCCUGGUUCUUCGCAACGCUCCUGCGAGGCCUUUCCCCCUUGCGACCCCCACCACCAUGGUGAGGCUGUCCAAACCCAAAACCUUCCAAGCCUACCUGGACAACUGCCACAGGCGCUACAGCUGCGUGCACUGCCGCGCCCACCUGGCCAACCACGACGACCUCAUCUCCAAGUCCUUCCAAGGAAGCCAAGGUCGGGCGUAUUUAUUCAAUUCUGUAGUGAAUGUGGGAUGUGGCCCAGCAGAAGAACGGGUGCUGCUGACAGGUCUGCACGCCGUUGCGGAUAUCUACUGCGAGAAUUGCAAGACCACACUCGGAUGGAAAUAUGAGCAAGCCUUCGAGACCAGUCAGAAAUACAAGGAGGGGAAAUACAUCAUUGAACUCAACCACAUGAUCAAGGACAACGGCUGGGAUUGAAAAGGAGAAGCAUCCCACCACCUUUGGCUAAUGACAUGUGGGGUGGAGCAUAAGAAAUGACAAUUUCCAGGAAACCUGCCUCUACCUUCCCAACCAAUGGGCUGCCAUCCAAAUCACCUCCAGAUGCAUCUGAGUUGCGGAGGAGGAGGCAGAGUUUCUGCCAGGAGGACACACCCAUGGCUCAGACAUGUCGCCCUCAUGUGGCAGAAGGCGGCAGUGCACAAGGAGACACCUAGGCCAGGGCAGUGUGCAAGCAGGGCUCAGGGGAGGGGGGAGGAGGAGUGUGGGGGUUGUUGUACAGAGGGAGCCUGUAUCGAAAUUACAUCAAGAGGACAAAUGUACAGUGGAGUGGGGAUGGGAAGGGUUGGGUUGUACAGUAUUUGUGAGUUUGUGUGAGUAUGUAUUUUAUAUAUAUAUAUACAUAUACAUAUAUAUAAAUAAAAGCAUUGGAGUGAUAUGCAAA